AACACAAUACACACGAUGAUCAAGAAGCACACGAUAAAUAUUAUUACUUGGGUUUUUCAAUAUCUGUGUCGAUCUUUGACAUUCGAGCGCAUAGUGGAGGGCUACGGCAUGUGCCACGCGCUGCUGUUGUUCAUGGGCAACGCGAUUUCUGGCGGCGGCGGAGUCAGACGAAAAACGACCGAGUCGACCCGCAGUGCCGUGUCCGACCUGAAGAUGACCACCACCACCACCGCCGCCAUGAGCGAACUGGCCAGGGACGUUGAACGCCUCAAAGCGGCCAUGGACGAAAAGGACCGGACCAUCGAACAACUUGGCAGGGCCGUCGAAGACAUACGCAACAUUCUCGAGAACGCGGUAUCAAAUCAAUUUCUCGUGCCAUCGCCGCAAUCGCCGCAACACCGACUGGACAAAAAGAAAGGGGUGUCGGGAGAAUGUUCGACUGCGACGGAAACUCCGAUACCGUUUCCCAAACAGUCCAAACCCAUCAAGACAAAGCAUCUAAUCAAACAGGCGCUGUGCAAGAAUCAGUUUCUGAAAAACCUGAACACCAACCAGAUUUCUGAGAUUGUAGACGUCAUGUACACGAAAGACUUCGAAGCUGGGUCGUACGUCAUCAGGAAAGGCGAUCCGGGAUGUUGUUUGUAUGUGGCCGACGAAGGAAAGCUCGACGUGAUCCAGAGCGGGCGGGUUGUCGAUUCCAUCGGACCUGGCGAUGUGUUCGGCGAGAUGGCCAUACUCUAUAACUGUCCGCGGACUGCAUCGGUGAGAGCCGUCCAAGAUGUCAAGGUGUGGACUUUGGAGAGGGUGGCCUAUCAGCAAAUCAUGAAGACUUCUGCUAUGCGGCGGUUUGACGAACGAGAUAUUGUACACGCUAUUGCCAUUUUUGAAAAUUUUGAAUUGCAAGAAGGUGCACAAAAUAUUAGAAGGCAUUUUAUGAAAAGGUUAGAUACUUUUACAUUACCCGACAAGGAUUUCAUUAGAAAUUAUAGGUUGUCAAAAAGAUUAGUACAUCGGCUAAUCAACAUGUUAAGGCCUUAUGUGACAGAACCAAUUCGUUCUUCAACACUUGAUAUCCCAGCAAAAAACAUUCUCGAGAACGCGGUAUCAAAUCAAUUUCUCGUGCCAUCGCCGCAAUCGCCGCAACACCGACUGGACAAAAAGAAAGGGGUGUCGGGAGAAUGUUCGACUGCGACGGAAACUCCGAUACCGUUUCCCAAACAGUCCAAACCCAUCAAGACAAAGCAUCUAAUCAAACAGGCGCUGUGCAAGAAUCAGUUUCUGAAAAACCUGAACACCAACCAGAUUUCUGAGAUUGUAGACGUCAUGUACACGAAAGACUUCGAAGCUGGGUCGUACGUCAUCAGGAAAGGCGAUCCGGGAUGUUGUUUGUAUGUGGCCGACGAAGGAAAGCUCGACGUGAUCCAGAGCGGGCGGGUUGUCGAUUCCAUCGGACCUGGCGAUGUGUUCGGCGAGAUGGCCAUACUCUAUAACUGUCCGCGGACUGCAUCGGUGAGAGCCGUCCAAGAUGUCAAGGUGUGGACUUUGGAGAGGGUGGCCUAUCAGCAAAUCAUGAAGACUUCUGCUAUGCGGCGGUUUGACGAACGAGUGGGAUUUUUGAAAAGCGUACCGUUGAUGAAGGAUCUCAACGAAGAGUUUUUAUCGAAAAUCGCUGACGUCUUGAAAGAGGAAUUUUAUCCGGAAGGACACUACAUCAUAAAACAGGGCACAUUGGGUGACAAGUUCUACAUACUGAGCGAAGGGCGAGUGAAAGUCACGAAGACCAAUAAAGGCGAAGAUGAAGAAGAAGAAUUCGGCAUUUUGGAACAAGGAGAGUUUUUCGGGGAAGUGGCGCUGUUAAAAAAAGACAAGAGGACUGCCAACGUCGUGGCGAUGCAUCCGGGAGCAGAAUGUCUCACGUUGGACAGAGAGCCUUUUGUGCAUUUCAUCGGCGAUCUGGAGGAACUAAAAAACAAAAAGUACACGGAACUUCCGCGAAAGCCCUCGGUCCAGUCACCGGUAGAAAUCAAGACGAAAACAUUUUACCCUGAACUGUUCCGCGUGGAGUUGACCGAUUUCGAGACGGUCGCCACAAUCGGCGUGGGCGGCUUCGGUCGAGUCGAUUUGGUGUGUCUGAAACUGGACAGAAACCGAUCGUACGCUAUGAAGAAACUGAAAAAACAGCACAUAGUGGACAUGCAGCAACAGGAGCACGUGUACAAUGAGAAAACCAUUUUGGAAUCGUGUACGAGCCCCUUUAUCGGCAAACUUUACCAGACAUACAAGGACAGCAGAUACGUAUACAUGCUUAUGGAGGCUUGUCUGGGCGGCGAGGUGUGGACGCUCCUCCGGGAUCGGAGGUGUUUCGACGACAAUGCCGCGUGUUUCGUGAUCGCGUGCGUUGUGGAGGCACUGGACUACUUACACGGAGUCGACGUCGUCUACAGGGACCUGAAGCCGGAAAACCUGUUGCUCGACCGGCAGGGUUUCGUGAAACUGGUGGACUUCGGCUUUGCAAAAAGGCUACAACCGCGAGGCAAGAAGACAUGGACGUUCUGCGGCACGCCCGAGUACGUGGCCCCGGAAGUUGUGCUGAACAAGGGCCACGACCGGGCUGUAGAUUUUUGGGCUCUGGGAAUACUCGUGUACGAGCUGCUGGCUGGAAUACCUCCAUUUAGUGGAAAAGAUCCAAUGGACAUCUACAACGCGAUAUUGAAAGGCAUCGGUGCGGUCAACUUCCCAAGACAAAUGAACAAAAUGACUCAAGGUCUCGUGAAACAGUUAUGCCGAAGUGAUCCUACGGAAAGGAUAGGCUAUCAAAAGGGUGGCAUACAAGAUAUCAGACGACAUGAAUGGUUCAAAGGUUUCGACUGGACUGGUUUGAGAAACAAGAGUAUAAUUCCACCCAUCGUACCCCAUAUCAACAAUCCACUAGAUUCGUCAAAUUUCGAUAUUUAUCCCGAAGACGGAGACGUGCCGCCCGACGAAUCAUCCGGCUGGGACUCGGAGUUUUGAAGCGGUCGGCCGCAGUGGAGUGAAGCAAAAUACCUCCUCCAAAUCUAUUGCUGACUGCUGCAGGACUGUAUAUAAUAUCAUUGUUAAUAUUACUAUUUACUAUUAAAUACUAUUAUAAUAUUAUUAUUAUUAUUAUUAUUAUUAAUGAAAUCGAAAAUGUGACACAAAGUUUUCAUUGUCUAGACCAGAGAAUCAACCAGGGUACCGCGAAAUUAUUUGAAAUAUAUUUUUUCGAAAAAACUAUUUCAAGAAAAAUAUAGCACUGUGAGUAAUAAAACAGACUAUAAUAUAAAACCUAUUGUGUUUCAUAUGUUAUGUAGAAAUAUUACGAUGUUCAAUCUAUUUUAAUGUUUAUACCGGUUUGAAUGUUUGAUUGAAAUUGCUUCGAUGUGAAAUACUUGUGACCUUAUCUUAUAUUUUUAUAAAACAUGUAUCGACAAUAGUAAUUUAAUAAUAUACUUAACAAUUUCAGACUUCA